UGUGGCGGUAAGAUGGCGGCGCUCGGAAACACCUCAGCUCCGGGGGUGAAUGGGUUAAUACAACAAUUCACAGCAAUAACAGGAGCAACAGAGAGUGUAGGACAACACAUGUUGGAAGCAUGCAACAACAACCUGGAGAUGGCAGUGACCAUGUUUCUGGACGGAGGCGCAAUCGCGGAGGAGCCCAGCACCAGCUCCAGCUCAGCGGCUUCAAGCAGCAGAGCCCCCCCUUCAGAUGAAGUACGAGCACCUAUUCCCCAGAAGCAGGACAUAUUAGUUGAACCUGAACCAUUGUUUGGAGUGCCAAAGCGAAGAAGACCUGCUCGAUCUAUAUUUGAUGGUUUCCGAGACUUCCAAACAGAAACAAUUCGGCAGGAACAGGAGCUGCGUAACGGUGGCACAGUGGAUAAGAAACUGAGCACCCUGGCAGACCUUUUCCGUCCUCCAAUUGAGCUCAUGCACAAAGGCAGCUUUGAGACGGCGAAGGACUGUGGACAGCUAGAGAACAAGUGGCUCAUGAUCAACAUUCAAAAUGUUCAGGACUUUGCCUGCCAAUGCCUAAACAGAGACGUUUGGAGUAACGAUGCAGUGAAGACUAUCAUCAGAGAGCAUUUCAUAUUCUGGCAGGUAUAUCAUGAUAGUGAAGAGGGACAAAGAUAUAUCCAGUUCUAUAAGCUGAACAAGUUUCCCUAUAUUUCCAUCCUCGACCCCCGCACAGGUCAGAAAAUGGUGGAGUGGAACCAGCUGGACGUGGCGUCGUUUCUGGAGCAGACGUCGGGCUUCCUGGCAGAGCACGGGCAGCUCGACGGGCCCUCCUGUAGCCCCCCCCCCGCCAAACGGGCGCGCUCGGAGAGUCUGAUAGAUGCCAGUGAAGACAGUCAGCUGGAGGCAGCGAUCCGAGCCUCCCUACAGGAGACGCACUACGAGUCCGCGGAUGCCCCGGAAGCCCCUGAUUCCCCCAGAUCCGAGGAGGAAUCGGACGCAGAGCCUUUCUCUGACAGCGAGGGUCCCAUCUCUGUCGACGGUUCAGACAGCGAGCUGCCAGCGCCCCAUGAAGAAAAAAGUUUUACCAGCAAACACGCCUCGCUUCCUCCGGCCUCUGCGGCCCAGCAACGUCUACAUCCCGAUAGUUCCACCUCUUCCCAUAGAAAGUCUACAAACAAAGAAAACAACCACAGUCACAAGAAGGAGGAGAGUAAAAAGAAUCACCUGGAGCCUUCAGCUCCUCGUCAUCCUCAGCCUGACGCAGACUCUGGAGGAAACCACUGUUCCCCGGCCGCAGAAAGCGCUGGACCUUCCAAAAGCAACACCACCGAAACCUGUGACGUGGACUGUCCUGACGACAAUGGUCCCAAAGCCAGGUUGAUGCUCCGCUACCCGGAUGGACAGAGGGAGCAAAUUUCCUUGUCUUCUAAAGCAAAACUUUUGGCGCUGGUAAGACACGUCCAGUCCAAAGGUUACCCUAAUGAACGCUUCGAGCUUGUUACCAACUUUCCCAGAAGGAAGCUCGCCCACUUGGACUAUGACAUCACGCUGCAGGAGGCGGGGCUUUGUCCACAGGAGACUGUAUUUGUUCAAGAGAGGAACUAGCCUUUGUCAGACACACACUCACUUUUUGCUUGUCUGUAUCUCUCUGAUAGACCUCACCCUUUCACCAAUGACCUGGGACAUUGACACCGGCCUAUAUCCAAUAACCUUCAGUUCUCCUGGAAUUAGGCUCUGUUUUUGCCAAGACAUCUGAGUGGGCGGACAACUUUCCCUGCCACUCUAGUCUGAAUACUGACGUCUCUACUGAAAGCCUAUUCCCUUUGUAGUCAUCUACAGUUGGCCAGUAAGGUGUCACGGAUGCCGGCACUCAUUUUUUUAUGUGAUUUAUUCUUUUCUGAUGCAGGCUUCAUUUUGUUCCGAACAUUGAGGCACAUCAGGAUAGAAUAUAUAUACAAUAGCUCAUAUUUAAAUAAAAAAAGCCUACUAGCGGAUCACUGAUUGAUGAUGACACACCACAGAUUUGUACAAAAAGACUUUUACCUCCCAGAAAGGAUGUUAAAUGUCAGAGUUUAUUUUCUUGCUCAUCUUGUUAUUGUCUGUACCGGGAACAGGUAAAGGAAGGCUCAUUCUCGACUAUUUGGACCUACAUUUUGGUCAAUGUUUGAAUUAUUGUAAUUAUUUGAAAGGCACUAAAAGAAAAGGUCCGUAAAUCAUAAUUCAAGAAAACAUUUCGGACAUAUUCGACACACUCGUGUAGAUCUGAGGAUUUGGGUUGAUCUGCAGAUUUUUACUCAAGUUUCUAUCGGUUAAUUAGAGACUAUUCGAUUUUUUUGGUUUCAACUUUUGAUACAGAAGGGAAUGAAUGAAGGGUGGUACAUCUCAUCAGUCGGACCUACACUGUACAGAGAUGGCUUAGAGAGACUGAUAUUUAGCUGUAGUCAUUGUUUCCUUUCUUUUUUUAUAUGCUGCCAAGAAAAUAUGCUGAUGUUGAAAUAUAACCACCAAAACAAAGGGA